AACGGAGAAGGGAGGGGGCGGGGGAUUAAAGUUAGGGCGCACUGAAACCCUCACCGUAGUACGCAGGACAAUGCGACAAAGCCAUCUAUCCCACUCUAUAGAAAAUAUUGAGAUAUAUAUCGUAUAUCGCCAGUCAGCCAAAAAAUAUCGGGAUAUCAUAUUUUGCCCAUAUCGUGCAGCCCUAAUCUGAAUACAGACGUCGCAAAACCUCUACAUCCAGCUCUCCAACAAGAAGUUGACAACGAAGACCUUAAGGAUGGCACAAGCAGGCGAUUUGUUCACUGAUGCAUUUCCAAUGCAAAAACCCUGACAACCAAUUGGAAUACAGACGCUGCAAACCCUCUCCAUCCAGCUCUCCGAGAAGCAGUUGACAACAACGGAGACCCUACAGAUAACACAAGCCUGUGAUUGUUUCACUUCCUCCAAAUUAAACGACCAUUCAAAGCUCACGGCAGAAAAGGUAUCAAACUUGCAUUUCAUAAUUGUAUCCGAUACACACAGAGAUGGCCUCUUAUUGGAGUAAAAGGAGGCGAGUCUUGUCCAACGCAAGGGAGACAGAGAACGAGAUUUUGCAGCAAUUACAUUUAAGUACAGUUAAUCAGGCUGAAAAUGCCCCCCCUAGCUUACCAGAUCUAGCACUGUGUGGGACAACUUCAGAAUUCGAGAACAGUCCUGACCAAAACACUACAGACAGUGAUGCCAGUGAAAGAGAGGAUUUUAGUGGGUUAUCCAGCUCUGAUGAAAGUGAGCCUGAGGAAAUGAGUUUACAAGCUAAACUAAAGCAAUGGGCAUCAACUUUUGGCAUUACUCUUGUUGCAGUUACCGCUCUUCUAUCAAUAUUGAGAGUACACCACUCUGAGCUGCCUAAAGAUGCCAGGACACUUCUUGGCACACAAAAGAAAAUAGCUGUGCAUGCAUUAGGUGGUGGUGAAUAUCACCAUUUUGGAUUGGCUAAGGGAAUUUUAUCAAAAUUGAAUUCAAUCCAUUUGCCUAGCUGCCUUCAGACAAUUCGGUUACAAUUCAACAUCGACGGUUUACCCAUUUUUAAGAGUUCAAAAGUUCAGUUUUGGCCAAUUCUUGCGAUGCUUGAUUGUGAUUACACAAAAAAACCUUUUAUUAUUGGUUUGUUUUGUGGAACUGGAAAACCAUCUAGUGUGUACGACUACCUCAAAGAAUUUGUCAAUGACCUUACCCAGCUACUGAGGAAUGGAUUGACCUUCAGAGGUAAACCUCUAAAGGUGAUGGUGUGCUCCUUCAUUUGUGAUGCUCCAGCACGUGCUUUUGUGAAACAGAUGAAGUCCCACAAUGGGUACUCUGGGUGUGACAAGUGCAAUCAAGUUGGCGUGUGGCAAAAUAAAAUGACAUAUCCUGAAAUAAAUGCCAGGCUUAGAUCAGACGAAGACUUUGCUUUAAUGUCAGACACAGAUCACCACCUGCGACCUAGUCCCCUUACUGGCAUUGUUCAGAUGGUAACCCAGUUUCCCAUUGAUUACAUGCACCUCUGCUGUUUGGGUGUAACAAAAAAACUCAUUCUUUUCUGGAUGAAGGGCAAAAACCUGGCCAUAAGACAGCCAUCUAAUGUCAUCUCAGCUAUAUCAUCUAAACUGAUUGCUCUCCGUCCCCAUAUUCCAUCUGAAUUUGCCCGAAAACCACGAGAGCUGACAGAGAUCGAAAGAUGGAAGGCUACAGAACUAAGGCAGUUCAUGAUUUACAGUGGACCUGUGGUCCUAAAGCACAAUCUACCAGAAGAGAUUUUUGAGAACUUCCUGUUGUUUUCCGUGGGUGUGUUCUUAUUACUCAGCCCCAACCUCUCUGCACCCAUGAUUGAUUUUGCCAAUCGAGUCCUAACAGCAUUUGUUAAAAGCUUUGGAGAUUUAUAUGGUCAAGGAGAAAUUGUAUUUACAGUUCAUCAGGUGAUACAUCUAGCUGAUGUGUACAAACAGUUCGGUGCCCUUGACCGUGUCUCUGCAUUUCCUUAUGAAAACUUCCUUGGAAAAGUAAAAAAAAUGUUGCGAAAGCCUCAACUACCAUUACAACAGGUAGUCAAGAGACUGUCAGAGGUGCCUCAAACUGUUACUCCACCUCCAAGUAAGCAGCCCCUUUUGUACGAAAUGCACCAGGAUGGUCCUUUGCCUCUGCAAUUCAGUACUGCCAAACAGUACAGAAAGGUAGUAACAACAGAUUUCUGCCUGUCAACAAAGACUGGGAACAACUGCAUAGCAGUAGGACAGGAUAUUGGACUGGUCCAAAACAUUGUGCUAUCCUCUGGUUCAGUCUUCAUCAUCUACAGACAAUUUGGGUACAAGGAGUCCCAUUUCACAUAUCCCUGCCCCUCCUCUCGAAUAGGCUGUUUUCAGGUCCAUACGUUGGUAGAUGAUCUUGAGGUUGAGCUCCUUGGGGAUGUCAGCAGAAAAUGUGUGCUUUUUCCAGACCAAGACCAUUAUGUUGCCAUCCCUCUUCUUCACCAAUCCUAA